AUGGCUACCCCUAGUGUCCUAGCUUUUGACGCUGAGGGUUACGCCAUUGAUUUUGAGGUCUGGUUAGACGACCUGCAGCUGUUCUUACAGUGCGACAGAGCAGACGACCUUUCUCUCUUUGACCUCACCUCUGGCGCCUCUCCUGCUCCUGCUGCUGAUGCUGAUCCCACUGUGCGCUCUCAGUGGGCCACCCGCGAUGCUGCUGCACGUCUUGCUGUGCGUCGCCACCUCCCUACCUCUGAGCGCGCGCACUUUAGUCAGUACAAGAGUGCCCAGACCUUGUACGACGCUGUAGUUGCGCGCUACUCCUCCCCUGCCACUGCUGCACUGAGCCGUCUCAUGCUUCCCUACCUCUUUCCUGACCUCUCUGCCUUUCCCACUGUCGCUGACCUCAUUACGCACCUCCGCACUAGUGACACUCGCUACCGCGCCGCCCUUCCUGCUGAGUUCUGCGCUAAGAACCCACCCCCCAUGUACAUCGCUCUCUACUACGUAGUCGCGCGCCUCCCUGACUCCCUUCGCGUCGUCAGGGACCACUUUCUCGCAGUCUGUCCCACCACCCUCACCGUCGACCUCCCCGAGAAGGCCCUCCUCGCAGCGGAGAAGAGCAUAGUCGCUGUAGGUGCUUCUCGUGGUGACCCUCGCACCCCCAUCUUUGAGGGUCGGUCGGCGCGGCGUCUGCCCCUAGUGGGAGACGUCGCUCCAGCAAGGGCAAGGGGGGCUAGGGCGCGGGUGGAGCUGGAGGGGGCGGUGGCGGUGGCGGCGGUGGCGGCGGAGGGAGUGGGGGUGGCGGCGGGACUAGUGGCGGGGGUGGUGGUGGUGGUGGCAGCAGCGGCGGAGACGGUGGUGGUGGUGGCAGCGCUGGUGGUGGAGGCAGCGGCGGAGGUGGAGGCGGCGAAGGUGGAGGCGGUGGAGGUGGCAGCGGAGGAGGCGGUGGUGGUGGAGGAGGUGGAGCUGGUCGGGGUGGUACCCAGCAGCGUAGCGGCGGUGGUGGUGGCCAGCGCUCGCAGCGGCAGCAGCAGCAGCGCUUGCGGGACAUCCCUCCGCCUCAGCAGCUUCGUGAGUGGUACGCUGGGCGUCAGAGGGUGUGGGGGUGCCCACGCCACCCAGCGCUGCUUUGGCCGCCUGACGGACGCUUGGCGUCAGCAGUUCCCUGGGGCUAGUGAGAUCCCUCACUGGGAUGAGCUUCUUAGGGCUGGUGUAGCGAUCUUUGAUCUUGAUUUUGAUGCUAUCCUUGCUGCUAUGUAUGCUGUGACUUAUGGUGAGGAGAAUGAGGGUUACCGGUGUUUCCAGCCCGACCCGGGCAUUGGUACUGCUGCGCUAGGUGCUUGUGAGGCUGCUGCUCUAGGUGCCAGUGCGUCUGCGCUCUCAGGUACUGGUGAGACUGCGCUCUCAGGUACUGCGUCGUCCUCGUCCUCCCUCACGUUCACACUUGACUCCGGGGCUUCUCGCUCAUUCUUUCGAGACCGCACUACCCUUACGCCGCUCGGCCGGCCGGUUGCAGUCUCCCUUGCUGACCCCUCUGGGGGUCCUAUCCUGUCUCACUUCUCCACUGUCCUCCCGUGUCCGGCUGCCCCUUCGGGCACCCUGUCUGGUCUGUACCUUCCCUCGUUCUCUACGAACUUGGUGAGUGGCGCGGACCUGCAGGAUGUGGGGGUUCACCAGUUCACUCCUGCGAGUCAGCGGGUGACCCACUGCACGGAGGCACGCACAGGCCGACACCUGGCCACGUUCUCGCGUCGGCCGGGGUCGAGCCUCUACACCCUGACCGUUGAGUCUCCUCCUGUCCCUGCGUCUGGUCAGGUGGCUGCGUCAGGUCAGGUGCUUGCUGCUGCGUCCCGGUCAGGUCCUGAGUCUGCCCCCUGUUCUUGUCGCCUCCUGUCUCACGAGACUCUCCUGUGGCACCACCGUCUUGGCCACCCCUCCUUGCCCCGUCUUCGGAGCAUGGCUUCCCGUGUCCUUGUCUCUGGUCUUCCCCAGUCUCUCCCUCCUCUCCCCUCCGGGCCAGGACCUUCCUGUGUCCCCUGUGUCGAGGGUCGCCUCCGGGCUACUCCUCACUCCUCCCACUUCCCCCCGACAGAGGCUCCCCUGCAGACGCUUCACAUGGAUGUGUGGGGCCCAGCCCCCGUCCGUGGGCAGGGUCACGAGCGCUACUUCCUGUUGGUGGUUGACGACUACUCGCGUUACACCACAGUCCUCCCCUUGCGCAGCAAGGGUGCGGUCACUGAGGUGCUGAUCGACUGGAUCCGCGAGGCUCGUCUCCAGCUCAGGAAGAGCUUCGGCUCGGACUUUCCUGUUCUGCGUCUGCACUCGGACAGAGGCGGAGAGUUCUCUUCUCGCCUUCUGCGAGACUACUGUCGUGCACGGGGGAUCCGCCAGACCUUCACGCUUCCGUACUCACCACAGCAAAAUGGGAUUGCUGAGCGCCGCAUUGGCAUGGUCAUGGAUGUCGCUCGUACGUCCAUGAUGCAUGCGGCUGCCCCCCAUUUUCUGUGGCCGUUUGCGGUGAGGUACGCGGCGCAUCAGCUCAACCUUCACCCCCGGGUCUCUCGGCCUGCGAUGUCCCCAGCCUUGCUGUGGACGGGGAAGGUUGGCGAUGCGUCUGUGUUCCGUGUCUGGGGAUCUCGGGCGUUUGUCCGCGACUUGUCUGCGGACAAGCUGUCCCCUCGUGCUGCUCCCUGUGUCUUCCUUGGCUUCCCCACUGACGCCCGAGGGUGGCAGUUUUACCACCCCUCCUCUCGUCAUGUUCUGUCCUCCCAGGACGUCACGUUCGACGAGUCAGUCCCCUUCUACCGUCUCUUCCCCUACCGCACUCCUUCCCUCCCCCCUCCCCCGGACUUCCUUGUGCCGGUUCCCCCCCCGGUAGACCCCCUACCCCCUCAGGUUCCUGCCCCCUCAGGUGUGUCCCAGGUAGACGCCGUUGACCCGGUCGAGGUUACUGGUGACUCUGGUGCUGCUGCAGGUGCUGAGCCUGGGGGUGCUGACUCUGGGGGUGCUGUGCGCGGGGGUGCUGAGCCUGGGGGUGCUAUUGCUAGGGGUGCUGGGCCUGAGGGUGCUACUGCGGAGGGUGCGGAGCCUGGGGGUGCUGAGUCGGGGGGUGCUGUGCCUGGAGGUGCUGGGUCUGGGGGUGCUGGGUCGGGAGCUGCUGAGCCUGGGGGUGCUGAGCUGGGAGCUGCUGAGCCUGGGGGUGCUGCGUCUGGAGCUGCUGAGCCUGGGGUUUCUCCUGCUGCUGCGCGUGCUGCUGAGUCUGGAGGUGCUGCUGGAGCUGGAGCUGGAGCUUCUUCGACCGUCGAGGGUGCGGGUGCUGCCGGUCCCGGAGCUGCUGGACCUGCGGGUCCUCCUGGAGCUGGAGCUGCUGAGGGCGUUGGUGCUGAGCCUACUGCUGUUGGUCCUGCCGCUGGAGGUGUGGGUGGCGCUGGUGCUAUCCCUGAGGGUGCAGGUGCUGUCCCUGCUGAGUCUGGAGCUGCCGCGCGGCCUCGGCCAUACUUCGUUCCGCUCCUGCAGCAGGUUCUUGGUCUUUCCCCUCCAGUAGAGGGUCCACCGCCUGUCCAGUCGCAGUCCCUGCUGGAGCCUUCCUCUCCACUGCCUGCUCCCCCUCCUUACACUGGUCCUACUGGAAGUCUUGCUGAGCGUCGUGAGCCUGCGUCUCGUCCCGCGUCGCCUGUUCGUGCUGCUCGCGCUAGUGGUCGCAGUUCGCGUCAGCGUCCUCCUCCUGUCCCUGGCACGCACCGGAUGUCUUUGCGUCCGUCCACUGCUCCUCUGCGUGCCCCUUUGCCUUCUCCUCCUGAGUCCUCUCUUCCUCCGCCUGCCGACCCUGAGUCGGACUCUCUUCGUGCUGCCAGUCCUACUGUCACGCGUCUGCUUGCUACUGUCGUCACUGACCCCUCUUUUGAGUCCACUGCUGCGUCUGCUCUAGUCGCUGAGCUCGUCGACUUUGCUGCUCGCUGUCGUCUCGACUACGCUGCUAGUCUUAUUGCUGAGUCUACGUCUGUCUGUCCUCCGUCCGUCGGGGGUGAGUGUGCUCUUGGCACGGACGUCCUAGAGGACAGGCAGGAGGAGUUACAGUGUCUAGCGGCUGCUUCACCUCAUCUCGCGUCUGUACUGCUUGCCCCCGAGGGAGACCCGGAUGCACUAGACAUCCCGACUCCGCGUUCUUACGCGGAGGCCGUAGAGGGUCCCUACUCCUCUCAGUGGCAGGCAGCUAUGGAUGCAGAGAUGGCUUCCUGGAAGUCCACAGGCACCUACGUUGACGCGGUUCCCCCUCCUGGGGCGAACAUCGUCAGUGGCAUGUGGAUCUUCAGGGUGAAGCGGCCGCCGGGCUCUCCACCUGUCUUCAAGGCACGGUACGUUGCUCGUGGCUUCAGUCAGCGGCAGGGAGUUGACUACUUUCAGACCUUCUCUCCCACCCCGAAGAUGACUACUCUUCGGGUGCUGCUGCCCAUAGCCGCUCAGCGCGACUACGAGCUUCACUCUCUCGACUUCAGCACUGCGUUCUUGCAGGGUAGCCUGCACGAGGAGAUCUGGCUUCGCCGUCCACCUGGCUUCACUGGGACUUUCCCUCCUGGCACCCAGUGGAGCCUCCGACGGCCAGUCUACGGUCUCCGCCAGGCACCGCGUGAGUGGCACGACACACUGAGGACUACGCUUGCGGCUCUUGGGUUUGCUCCUUCUUCUGCUGACCCGUCGCUGUUUCUUCGCACCGACACUUCCCUGCCGCCGUUCUACAUCCUCGUGUACGUCGACGACUUGGUCUUUGCCACAGCGGACACUGCUGGACUCGCCUACGUGAAGUCCGAGCUGCUGAAGAGACACACGUGCACAGACCUGGGUGAACUGCGCAGCUACCUUGGCUUGCAGAUCACUCGGGACAGAGCACACCGCACCAUUACCUUGACUCAGUCACACAUGGUGCAGCAGGUCCUUCAGCGCUUCGGCUUCACGUACUCCUCGCCUCAGGCCACUCCUCUGCCUACUCGCCACUCACUCUCAGCUCUGCCUUCGGAUGAGUCCGUAGAGUCGAGUGGUCCGUAUGCAGAGCUUGUUGGCUGCCUCAUGUACCUGAUGACCUGCACACGACCUGACCUUGCAUACCCUCUGAGCAUUCUUGCACGCUAUGUUGCUCCUGGGAGACACAGACCAGAGCACAUGGCUGCAACAAAGAGGGUAUUGCGCUACCUGUGCAGUACGUCGGGCAUGGGGCUAGUGCUUGGAGGGCGGAGUCCAGUGGUCCUUACCGGCCACGCGGACGCUUCUUGGGCUGACGACCAAGCUACGCAGCGGUCGUCACAGGGUUACACCUUCAGCCUUGGUUCCGGCUCUGUCUCGUGGCGGUCUACUCGCUCGUCUUCGGUUCUCGGCUCCAGUUGUGAGGCUGAGAUCUACGCCGGGGCCAUGGCUGCACAGGAGCUUCGCUGGCUCACCUACCUGCUGACUGACCUUGGAGAGCCGCCUCGUUCUCCUCCAGUGCUGUACGUAGACAACAAGGCCAUGCUGGCCUUGUGUCGAGAGCAGCGCUUGGAGCACAGAACGAAGCACAUUGCUCUCCGCUACUUCCUUGCUCGUGAGCUGCAGCAGCGUGGUCAGUUGCGACUUGCGUACGUGGCCUCUGAGGCCAACACUGCUGAUGUGUUCACCAAGGCACUCACGCCUUGUGACCAUCAGCGCUUUUGCACCCAGCUGGGUCUUGUACCUGUCUUGCCUCACUUGCUCUCCUCUUGA